GAUAAUAAGUGAGGUGUAUUAAAACUUUACUACAACGUACUCAUUUACUUAGAUCAAUUUUAGAGAUGAUCUCUCUUUUUUGAAAGAAGAAUAAAAAGGAAGUUUAUUGGGACCUUCAGGCUACAAACUGUCCCUUGUAAAAAGGAAGUAAAGAAAGAAGAUAAGCUAAGUGCGGUUAUUAAACAAAAAAAAAAAAGAGGUGCUAUAUAUUUAGAAGAUCAGGUGAUUUGUUAUAUAUUGGAAAUAAUGACAACACCAAAACAGAUUUGGGAGCAACAACAACAACAACAGCAACAACAGGGUAUGAAAACUAAGAAUUCGGGUACUAUGAGUUUCAUGGGAAGUCCAAAUAUGGAAGACAAGGAUGAAGAGAUGUCGAAGUCGGUGUUAUCGGCUUUUCGAGCCAAGGAAGAAGAGAUCGAGAAGAAGAAGAUGGAGGUUAAGGAACGUGUUCAGGCUCAUUUAGGUCGUGUUGAAGAGGAAACUAAGCGUCUAGCUGAGAUUCGCGAGGAACUUGAAGCAUUAGAAGAUCCAAAGAGGAAGGAAGUUGCAUACGUUCGAAAGAGGAUUGAUACUAUCAACAAAGAGCUAAGGCCACUUGGAUUUACAUGCCAGAAGAAGGAACGAGAAUACAAAGAAGCACUUGAAUCCUUCAAUGAGAAAAGCAAGGAAAAAUCUCAACUUGUUGCCAAACUAAUGGAGGUAACAAAUCUGGUGAGUGAAAGUGAGAAUCUGAGGUUCAAGAAGCUGGAGGAGCUCAGCAAGCAUAUUGAAUCUCUUCAUUGAUUUAAUUUUAUGAUUCUAAUUCAGUAUCAUUAACUGGCUGAUUAUUAGCACUUUUUUUUUUUUGGCGUGGUUUACUAGAAUUGAUUUGUUUGAUUUUGUGUAUUUUUUUUUAUAUUUUUGGGGUUACGGAAUUCAUAUUGUUAGCUGGACAUUUUAGAGAACUUGCUCCAUUUGGAAAUUGUUGUGUUGAAAUGUGAAUAAUAUGUGUAUUAUACUUCUAUAAUACUUAUAAAAGUUUUCAGAUUUGUAUACAAUUUUUGUGUGUUAUGGAA